CUCGACGGGCACAGGCUGUGGGACAGGGCCUGCUCGUUUCUACCAAAAUCCAGCGCCUUGAGAGGGAGUUCAUGACUGAGCGUUUCGAUAUGGCGGGUGUUAUCGAGACUCGCAUGUGGGUCGACCUUGACGUCACGAAGGUGCACUAUCGAGUCGUUGGUUCUGCUGCUGACAGUGGCGGCCUUUUUGGUGUCCAGCUGUGGCUUAACUUCUCGCUGCGCAUCAAGAUCUUGCAGUGCAUGCCAGUGUCGCCGAGGAUACUGUCCGUGACCAUGGUCUGCGAGAACGGCGAGUUGAUUGUUGGUGUCUUGCAUUCGCUUAUCAAUGGAUCUGCCGAUGCAGGUCCUUUCUAUGGGGAGGUUUCUCGUGAUCUUGGCAAGCUCCGGCAUGAGCACCCACGCGCACGGGUUGUCCUCCUCGCGGACAUGAGCGCAAAGAUCAGGAGCGUGUCUGCCACUGGCAUUGGCCAAGUUGGGAGCGAAGUUGAAAACGAGGAUGGCUCACACCUCAGAUACUUCAUCCUCGAGAAGGGCCUCGUCGCCGUCAACGCGGGCGAGCAAGGCUGCCGGAGUGAUGCUUUCUGGACCUGGACUGGCUCACGCGGCCACCACUCACGAAUCGAUCAUCAGCUGUUCCGCGGUUUGGUGAACGAUGUCGUGACGGAGAGGGCUGUGAACAGGAAGAUCGAGCUUACCGAAAGCGAACGUGAUGACCAUUGUGUUGUCCAAGCAGUUUUGUCUUUGUCUGUGGAUGCUGCUGGCGCGUCGCACAAGCCAGAGCGCGCCGGCGACGACGGCCUGGGCGCCGCCAUGCCGCGAGCAUCCAAGGAGAAACUUCUGAACCCAGCUUUGCGCAGACACUUCGAGUGGUGGAUGGCCUCUUUCAAUCUUUGCGACUCUGUUGGUAUUGACGACCAUCUUGAGAUGUUGUGCCAACGUGUGCGCAACGGCAGCGGCAUCUUCAAGGGUGGAAUCGAGGCCCCAAGAAGGUCGGUGAAACUCGAUCGGAAUGUCAUGUUGGACCGGACACACAUCGCUGCAGAGAAAGCGGGGGAGAAAGGCGACAUGCGGAAGUUGUUCAAGCUAGCCAAAUUCGCAUCCGGCACGGUCGCCAGCCGGCUCCGCAGCGCGCGCUGGGAGGAUGGCUCCCGGACACAAUCCCAAGAACAAUGCCUGGAUCGCUUCGCAGAUCAUUUCUGCGAGGUGCUCGGCGCCGACGAGUUCGAAGGGCGGGGCCUGCCAGUAGAGAGCGAGUCCGACGACGAUGCCGAGAUUUUGGGCGAGUGCCCUUGUAUCGAGCGCAUCUGCAAGGGCAUAUCUCGGCUAAAGAACGACAAGGGUUUGGGCUUCGACGGCAUCGGCGGUGAGCUGCUCAAAGCAGGUGGCUUCGCCAUGGCUCCCGCUCUGCACAAGCUGAACGCGAAGAUCUGGCAACAGAAGCGGUGGCCUCGACGAUGGCGCGGAGGGCGGCUGCAGGAGCUGCCCAGGAGAGGUGACAACGCCAACGUGGAGAACUACCGCGGGUUGCUCAUCGGUGCGUACGAACAGUACAUACCUGACGCGCAGUGCGGCGCUAUUGCGGGCAAGGGGGCCGAUUUCGCCAGCGACUUCAUACGAAGUGUGCAGGCGUGCACAAAGGCAUGGGGCAAGCCCCUUGGGCUGCUUUCCUUGGACCUCACCAAGGCGUAUGACCGCGUGAUCAGAGAGCUCGUGUUCGGAUGGUUCCAGACGGGGCCGUCGGACACCAUGCGCCGGCAGCGCGGCAUCGCUGCUUUGCGGAAGCUGGGGUUGUCCAGUGCGCAGGCCCACUGCAUCGCCCGAGAGAUUGCCAAGGACACAAUUCUGACGGGAAUGGGCAUCACGGGCGCCAGCGCGAAGUUGCUCAAGUCGAUGCACUUUUCUUUUUGGUUUCGCAUGAAAGGAGCCAAGCGCAAGCUGGUUGUCAGGCGAGGUGGCCGCCAAGGCUGCCUGUUUGGCAGCAUCCUGUUCAACGCCGUGUACGGCAAGGCUCUGAAAGAGUUCUCUGCCGACUGCGAUGCCCACGGCAUCCCGGUCAAGGUGCGCUUCUCCAGAGGGGGCCCUUUCAAACAAGACCAGGCUGACGCAUCGGCGCAAGGCGAGCGCAGUAUCCUCGACAUCACCUUUGUUGACGACGAAGCCGUGAUGGUUGUGGCAGCAGUUCGCAAAACUAUGUCUACCAAGUUUGCUUUCGUAGUCAACUGGCUGCGCCGAUGUUUCCACAAGUGCGCCCGGGAAAUCAACUGGGAAGCGGGUGAGACAGAGGGCAUCUUGAUGCGGAGAGGCAGGCGUGCAAGGACAGAGAAGCUCAAGCUGCGGAAAGCCAACGGCCGGCAGCGCUUUCCUGUGGGUGGCAAGAAACGCAGACACAGGCGCAAGUCAGCCUCGGACGGUUUGGACCAGGCCGUCGACGUUGGCAUCGUCAAGCAAUGCAAGCACCUUGGAGGCAUCAUCGAGGAGAACGGCAGCAUGUUCCCCGAGGUGCGCAACAG